CAAUUACCACAUUUCUGUAGCAAGUGUUUGGUGUUGCUCGAACUGGACGUGAGGAUUGAGGGUUGACGGAAAGAGCGUCACGAAAGCGCGUCACCACUGCUUAGUCACCUGGGCACUAACCCUUUUCGGAGGUAAAAUGAAGGCUCGCACUUUGCGCAGACCGGCAACAAGAUGGCAUCAAUCGAGUCAUUGUGUACUCUUAAGCUCGAGUUACCGCCGAGCUGCAUCGAGUUCUGGCCUCUUGACUCGCAGUAUGCUGUAGUUGGAACCUACAACCUCGAGAAAGAAGAUGGGCAGGGCAGCGGCUUGUCAGAUCCUGCGCAGCAUGAGGGGCAGAAGAAGGAGCAACAACGCAACGGGAGCUUGAUCCUGGUGCAUGUGGAAGGGGAUGACGUUAAAAUUAUCCAGACGCUUGCAACUCAAUCGGCUAUUCUCGAUGUACAUUUUCUCCUGCAGGAGGGUGCAGAUUCCAUAUUCGGUGUCGCCACGUCAACAGGCUCUAUGGGUAUCUACCAGCUGGACCAAGAAUCUUCUGGCGAUGUUCCAGAGAUGAUGCUCCUUCAGACCAUCCAGUACUUCCCGGAAAAUGAGCUGAUUACCGCCUUCUCAUGGCAUCCUGAGCAAUCAGCAGUCGGCAUGACACUGUCAACGGGAAAGGUGUGUCUUGGCAAAGUCGACUUGGAGAACCCUUCGCACUUGGAUGUUGGCCUGCAUGAGCUCGAAGCGUGGACCCUUGCCUUUCUACCAGAUGGAACGGGCAUCUACUCCGGUGGCGACGACUGCGCUUUGAAGUAUAUGGAGCUACCGCGCGACCACCCAGACAGUAAAGAAGAGAUCACUGGAGCAAACUAUGCGCCUUCAUGGAUCAUGUCGUGGUCAGACAAGAAGGCCCACAACGCCGGUGUUACCGCCAUCCUGCCCAUUCACGUAGAUAGCGGGAACAGCUGGAUCGUCACUGGCAGUUACGACGAUUGUAUACGCCUGAUCCACGCUCCUACCGUCGGUCGUCGACUGGUGCACGCUGAGAUGGACCUCGGAGGUGGAGUGUGGCGUCUGAAGGUCCUGGACAAGAAACUUGCGCCUGCAGCUGCAGUCAACUCGAGCGAAGCGACACAGCCGCCUGAGGGACUUUUACUUCUUGUCAGUUGUAUGCAUGCUGGUGCACGUAUCGUUGAGCUUGUUCGUAAUGGCGAUGCUUGGAAUUUCGAGGUUCUGGCCAGGUUCGAGGAGCACAAGAGCAUGAACUAUGGGAGCGACUCGCAGGUCAAGCUUAACGAGCAGGGCCAACGGACAUUUAUCUCUACAAGCUUUUACGAUAAGUUGCUGUGCCUUUGGAGGUAUUAAGGAGAGGCAGGGGCGUUUAGUUGUGCGAAGAAACCACUGGAAUUGAUCCUGCCCAUCGUGACAGCACUGCAACCACGCAAGGACCUUCAGGAUAGUGUAACAUCUAAAAAUCAAUGA